AUUAUCAGUUAUUUGUUAUAACUGACAUCAUUAUCGACUCUUGGCCUGACCACCUAUAAAACCAGUCCAGAGGUUUCUUCUGGUUCACCAAUAUAAUACCACCCAUUGCUUUUCUCAUCCUCUCAUUCAUUUCUCUUCUUCUCUUGCCAUGGUGAUGAUGAGGCAAAUGGGUAAACAACAGAAACGGGUUUACGCUCUGCAAGCCAACAGAUGGGUGCAUUCUUCUGUGUUUGCAAGAAGAUAUGUCAGUUACUUAUUGCCAGCUCUGAAGAGCAACAAAGAAAACGAGGAGUGCUCUAACUCUGAUGUUCAUGAGUUGCAGAAAAUUGUUGAGUACCAAGUGAACAUGGCAAUGGUGCUGUCUGCAUCAACAGAUGGCGAGUUUGCCUGGAUGCGCGCUUUGAAACAGAAGCUCCAAAAAAGCUGUCUCAAUGGUAAGAGCUUGUUUCUGCUACCUCAUCCUCGUGUUUCGAGGCCUGCUUUGAGUUUUCUGCAAAACCCUAGCUGCAGUGCAAGUUAUAAUAAGAUGAAGAAGUACUGCUCCUCUAGUAGGCCUAGGAGGGUGAGACCGCAUUUCCGACCAAGAACUUUAGCUAUCAAGGAAAAUACAGAGAAAGACGAAGAGGCAGAGAUGAUUAGCCGGAAGCUAGUGUCGCUAGGAAGGCUUUUACCAGGAGGGAAUGAGAUGGUUGACGAUGAAUUGCUGGAAGAAGUAGGAAGUUAUGUAACUUGUCUCCAGCUGCAGGUGACUAUUCUUCGGUGCAUAGUGGGAUCAAUGAGCUCGUAGUUGAUUAUUAAUGUUGUUUAUCUUUCAAACUUACCUAAGAAAGUAUUAUAACAAGUUAAAAAUGAAUGAAAUUAAGGUAAUUAAGUGUGGAAAUUUAGCUAUAUAUAUAAUUACUGCAACCGAACUUGUCAUGAUUAUCUUACAUAUA